AUGGCUCAAUCCACCAAGUGUUAUCUUCCGCGGUUCGCGUCGACGAUUGACGGGCCUAAACGCCCAGUCUCGAUGAAGACGAGACCAACGGCUGCUCAGCAUGCGCAGUUAUUAACCGCAUCGAACGAAGGCCGUCUGGACCCAAUGCUACGAGCCACCUGGGCUCUCUUGUUGCAUUACUAUAUCCGUUCCGAGGAUAUAUGCUUUGGUUACCAACAUCUCGAGGGCGACUCGCGCUCUCUCAAAUCAUCUGUACAGCGUUCUACCGGUCUCAAUAUUUCGACAAUUCGCAUAUCCAUCAACGACAACGACUCUGUUACGGCAAUUGUAGAUAAGGUGCGCGCAGACAGUGCGAAUCGCCAGCUCGAUGGCAGCUCGGACGUCACUUCCGAGGGAUAUCUCCCCUUCAACACCAUCUUGAUGCUGCGCACAUAUGACCACCCUGCUUCUUCUUCAAAACCUAUUUUGGCAACAGCUCUUCCGGACGAGUGUCAAGUCCGUCUUCAUGUUAAGGUGCUGCGUGGAGACAUCAGCAUCUUCCUUGAAUGGCACAAAGGCGACAUGUCCGGGGAGCAGAUGAAGAGUAUUGGAAACAUUUUUGAGCAGUUGCUUGCCAAAGUCCUUUCCUCCGAGAACACCGCUAUUAGCCAGCUUAAUUUGUUCUCGGAAAACGACUGGCAACGCAUUUGCAAUUGGAACUCCACCAUGCCGCAGCUUCACGAUCGCUGCAUCCACGAGGCUAUCCACGAUCAAAUGUUGAGCGGCCCUGAUCGUGAGGCUGUGUGUGCGUGGGAUGGCAGUUUGACGUUCGCCGAGUUGGACCACCAAGCAUCGAAGCUUGCAUGCCAUCUUCGCAUGCAGGGAGUCGGGCCGGAAAUCCGCGUGGCUUUGUGUUUCGAUAAAUCGAAAUGGAACAUCGUGGCAAUGCUUGGCGUGAUGAAAGCCGGCGGCGCGUUCGUGCCAUUGGACCCGACUCACCCAACUUCCCGACUGCAAGCUCUCAUCCAAUCGGUUCAGGCACCGGUUGUGCUGUGCUCUCAGCAUCUUGCCGAAAAACUUCGUCCUAUUGCGAAGACUUUAAUACCCCUUUCUGCUGAUACUCUAGAUCCCCUGUCUGACCCCGCCGAGAAUGUCAAUCUGGCAUCCGGUGUCACAGGUCAAAAUGCGGCUUAUGUUCUGUUUACCUCUGGAUCAACAGGAGAACCCAAGGGAACCCUGUUGGAGCACCGCGCGUUUUUGUCCGGCGCAAUGGUGCAUGGACCCGGUUUGCUCAUUUAUCGCGAGUCGCGAUGCCUCCAAUUCGCCGCUCACACAUUCGAUGCCAGUUUGGCGGAAGCGUUGACGCCGCUCAUUCAUGGCGCAUGUGUGUGCAUUCCGAGCGAGGAAGCUCGCCUCAACGAUAUUGUGACCACCAUCAACGAGAUGCGAGUCACCCAAGCUUGCUUCACCCCGUCAUUCAUCGGCUUUAUUGAAAUUGAGAGUGUUCCAGGACUGGAGAGUUUGGUUCUGGCCGGAGAGGCAAUGUCGCAGUCCCAGCUGGCUACUUGGUCCAAAAUCAAACUGGUCAAUGGUUAUGGACCUACCGAGGCCAGUGUGGCAUCCGUGCUCAAUUCCAAUGUUACACCUGACACCGAUUGUAAAGAUAUCGGCCUGCCAAUUGGUGUGCGGACUUGGCUUGUGAACCCUGAUAACCACGAUGAACUGGUUCCCGUGGGCUGCCCUGGAGAACUACUUCUGGAGGGCCCACCCCUGGCCAGGUGCUACGUGAAUAAUCCACAAAAGACAAACGAAUCGUUCAUCUACGACCCUGCUUGGACUACAUUGGACCCUGAAAGUGGCUCUAACCGUAGAUUCUACAAGACAGGCGAUCUUGUCAGGUACAACUCUGAAUCUGGUGCCCUUAAUUACAUCGGUCGCAAAGAUACGCAGGUCAAGGUUCACGGACAACGCAUCGAGCUCGGCGAGAUUGAGAAUCAGCUCAGCAAAGAUUUGAACGUCACUCAUUGCUCUGUCUUUUUCCCCAAGACUGGUUUCUCCAAGGGACGGUUGGCCGCAGUUGUCUCUUCCACCGGAUUGCUUGCGGAACAGUCUGAUUCGGACUUGGAGCCUCUACGACUUGUCUCCGCCUCGAAAAAGGCUGAGCUUGUCCCGGGAAUUCGAGAGCGCCUAUCGGGUCGCCUCCCCACUUAUAUGGUCCCUGCGGUUUGGUUGUGUGUUGAAGCUCUUCCACUUCUGCCAUCAGGGAAACUCGACCGCAAGGGCAUUUCCACUUGGGUCGCAGGUAUGGAGAAUGACCCCGAUCUUCAGAACAAUGCCUCUGUUGCAAUCGUCGGCACAGAGGCUUCACAGCCCGCCAACGACAUAGAGGAUGCUUUAGCUGCUGUAUAUAGCCGUGUCCUCAACAUUCCUCAGAACCAACUUGACUUGAAUCAGAGUUUCCUCGCCCUCGGCGGUGAUUCGAUCGCAGCUAUGACAUGUAUCGGUCUCUGCAAGAAGCGAGGAUUUUCUCUCUCCGUACAAGAGCUUCUUCGGAGCAAAUCAAUCCGGGACCUCGCAACUCGCGCGAAGACAAUCGAUCACCUGACGACUUACGAGGAGGCUGUCGAUGAACCAUUCAGCCUGUCGCCUAUCCAGAUCCUUCACUUUGGUGUACGCAAGGAGGGUCAAGGCCACUUCAACCAAGGAAUCCUCACUCGUUUGAACAAACCCGUCGAUGAACCAACCCUCCGAAAGGCUAUCGAAACUCUGGUGUCUCGCCACUCGAUGCUCCGUGCGCGAUUUACUGACACAGGAUUCGCAACGGCAUCGAAUCAACACAUCACUCGCGAUAUCAAGGGAUCUUACAGAUGGCGGAUGCACAAUCUUGGCAGCAUGGACGAGGUCAAGACUCAUGUAGCUGACAGCCAGUCUUCUAUCAACUGCUUCUCUGGACCGUUGCUUGCAGUCGAUUAUUUCUUGGUGAAGGGGCAGCCUAAUGUUCUAUCAAUGACAGCUCACCACUUGGUUGUCGACAUUGUCUCGUGGAGAAUUAUUCUGGAAGAUUUGGAAGACAUCAUCCUAAACCCCGAGAAGACGGAAACCAGCGAUAGCUCCUUACCUUUCCAAACCUGGUGCCGUUUGCAGAAUGAGCACUGCAAGAUCCUCCGGGAUGAGCACAAAGUUGCAACCGACACUCUCGCUCCAACCGACUUUGGCUACUGGGGACUGAAGGACACUCAAACUACAUAUGGUAAUGUGGAUUGUGCCUCCUUCGAGAUCGACCCUGCCCACACCAAUGCAAUUCUGCUGGAAUGUAACAAAGCUCUCGGCACCGAGCCGAUUGAUCUCUUCCUGGCAGCAAUGCUUCACUCAUUUGGCCGAGCCUUCCCCGAUCGUUCUCUUCCAACUAUCUACAAUGAGGGUCACGGACGAGAAGUCUGGGAUCCAUCCAUUGAUAUCUCGCAUACUGUCGGAUGGUUCACCAUUCUGCACCCAAUCUUCGUCUCUGCCUACAAUUCCGACAACCCCAUUGAUACCCUCAUGCAGGUGAAAGAUCUCCGCCGUCGUGUCUCGGAUAAUGGUCGCGCAGAUUUCGCCAGCCGUGUUCUGCCAGCCGAGGGCAAUCGAGAGUCGGAGCACCCCCACCCCUUCGAGAUGUCGUUUAACUACGUCGGACAACACCGAGAUCUACAGAGGACGGAUGGUCUCUUCCAGCUUGUUGAUCAGAUGGCCGGAGAGGCUGGCCAAGGAGGCGGUGCCGCAGACUUUGGUGCUGAUACUCCCCGCUUUGGUCUGUUUGAGAUCUCUGCAAUGGUCGUGGCCGGCAAAGUUCGAUUCAACUUCUCCUUCAACAGGUUUAUGCAACACCAGGACCGUAUUCACCGAUGGGUUUCCGAAUGCCAGAAGCUGCUUAUAAGUCUCUCCGAGCAGCUUCCCACCCUCGAGCCACGAUUGACUCUCAGCUCGUUCCCCAUGUUGUCGUUGAGCUAUCCUACUCUGGACAAAUUGCUCAAUGAGAAGUUGCCUGCUCUGGGUAUCGAGUCCCCGGAUCUUGUUGAAGAUAUCUACCCUUGUUCUCGCAUGCAGCAGGGUAUCCUCCUUGGUCGCAAGCGAGAUAGCUCCUACUACGCUGUCCACGACACCUUUGAAAUUCGGGCCACCGGAUCUAGCGAGCCAAAUCUCGAUCGCUUGAUCAAUGCAUGGCAGCAGGUCGUUUCUCAUCAUGCGAUGUUCCGCACCAUCUUCGUUGAGAACCUCACUCCUCGGGACCCCUUCUGCCAAGUCGUAUUGAAGAGCUAUGAUGUUACUCCUAUCUUUUUGCAGUCUUCAGGGGAAGAUGAUGUGAUUGCCACCUUUGACAAGGAGGAUCCCAAGGAUUACAGCGAGCCCGAACCAGCGUAUCGCUUCACUAUUUGCCAGACACCCGCUGGAAGGUUGUUUGCUCGCCUUGAGAUUAGCCAUGCUGCGAUGGACGGUAAUUCUAUCUCAAUCAUCCUCCGUCACCUGCAGCUCGCAUACGCUGGCAGACUCGAGGAAAGCCCUCAGCCUUUGUUCAAGGACUAUAUUCAGUACCUCCAGGAUGCACCAAAGGAAGCUAGCAUCAACUACUGGCGCUCGUACUUGGACCAGGCCAAGCCGUGCCACUUCCCUGCCCUCACUGACGGCCAACAAUCGCCAAAGGCACUUCGGUCCAUUCCAGUCAACUUCGGCGCGCUCAGUGAGCUCCAAACUGUUUGUGAGACGCGCGGAAUCACUCUCGCAAAUGUCUUCAAUGCCGCGUGGGGCCUCACUCUCCGCGCCUUCUGUGGAUCCGACGAUGUCUCCUUCAGCUACAUGGCAUCUCUGCGUGAUGUCUCUGCUGAGGGCAUCCAGUGGGUCAUUGGACCAGUUAUCAACCUUCUAGUUUGCCGCAUGGAGGUUCCUGAUAACGCGAAGCUCAGUGAUGUACUGCAUCAAAUACAGAACGACUAUAUGGAAAGUCUUCCUUACCGACACACUUCGCUCAUUGAUAUCCAACAUGCUUUGAAGCUGUCCGACACGAAUUUGUUUAAUUCCGGCGUCUCCUACCGCCGGCUUCCUAGUUCCAAGGAUGCUGUCAGCAGUGACAUUGAGUGUGUUGAGGUUGGCUCAAUCCAUGAUCCCGCCGAGUUCCCGGUUUUCAUCAACAUCGAGGCCAUGGAUACCACUGCUCGAAUUGACCUCAACUACUGGACCACGAACCUGUCUGAUUCACAGGCUGCCAAUGUGGCCAAUACCUAUCUUCGUUGCCUUGAGAACGUCGUGUCGAACAUUGACGGUGAAAUCCGCCAGCUAGACAGCUUGAGCGACGACAACCGCACCCAGAUCAUGGCGUGGAACAGCAAGACUCCCAAGCCUUUUGAGAAGUGCGCUCAUCAGGUUGUGCAAGAGAUGGCGAAGAAGCUCCCCGAUGCGUUGGCUGUCACCGCUUGGGAUGGCAACUUGACUUACUCGAAGUUGGAUCAAUUCUCCUCUCGUUUGGCAACCUACCUUACCACAUUCGGUGUUGGUCCUGGCACCCUGAUCCCUAUCUGCUUCGAGAAGUCUGUGUGGAACAUAGUCUCCACACUGGCAAUCAUGAAAGCCGGUGGUGGCUGUAUUCCAGUUGAUACACCCCAGAGUUUGGCUCUUGUUGAGAAUUGGAUUGUCGACAACGCUGUGCAAGUCGCUCUGGCUUCCCCGGAGAAGGCCCAGGUUCUCGAGGAUGCUGUGCCGUACGUCAUCCCUGUAAGCGAGUCUCUCCUCGAGUACCUCGCCGACGAGGUUCUCAACCCCGUGGCACAAUCAUCCGACAUCGCGUACGUCGCUAUGACUGCUGGAACCGCUGGCUCGGCCAAGAGUGUCGUCCUUGACCAUUCAACUGUCAUGACUCGAGCCGAGGCAUUCGCUACCACCAUGGCAAUUGCCGAUGUCUCCAGGACCCUGCAGUUUGCACCUCACACAUCUGAUGGAUUUAUUGUCGAGGCAUUUGGCACUUUCAUGUGGGGUGGUUGCCUUUGCAUCCCGGCUGAUAUUGACCCCGCCAACUUGGCCACCUCUAUCAAUGCCCUCCACGUUAAUGUUGCUAGCAUCACCCCAACAGCCGCAAGCUUUUUCUCCCCCAAGGAUGUUCCGGGACUGCGAUCGAUUGCCCUGGGCGGCGAAGUCGUUUCUCAGAGUGUCCUCGACCACUGGCAGACUGACGAUCUCCAACUGCAGGUUUUGUAUGGAACAUGCGAGAGCUCGGCUGCCUCCUUCCACGUGUUCUGUUCCCAGGACGACAACGAGGCUAACCUCAUUGGAAAGAGCACCUCUUGUGUUUCGUGGGUGGUUGAUUCCUCGAACCACAAUUGCCUUGUUCCGAUCGGCAGUGUUGGAGAAUUGGUACUUGAGGGGCCUGUUGUUGCUCGGGGAUACCUUGACGACCAGUCUGUAGAGAGCUGUGACUUCUUCAACGACGCUUCCUGGCUUUGUGGACAACGAGAAGGCGAUAAACAUCGCUUAUUCAAGACCGGAGAUCUUGUUCGGUACAAGUCUGAUGGCUCCCUUGUUUUCCUCGGCCGAAAGAACGAUAAGAAUGGAUCCGCCUUGGCUAGCGAGCUAAUUCAGCCUCAGGCGCGCAUUGAUUCCUUCCUAGGCAACAAGAGGAAGUGCGUUGUGGAGAGCGUUCCGCUGCAACGUGACAACGUGAAGACCAAUGCCCUCGUCGCUUUUGUGGUUUCUUCGGACACCACAACAGUCACUUUUGGGGAUCGCGUCCUCCAGUCCACGACACCUGAGCUGAAAGAGGCCGUAUAUAGCCUGCACGCCAAUCUGAGCACCAGUCUUCCUGGUAGUAAGGUUCCGAGUUUUUACAUCCCUAUAUCCUCCCUCCCCUUGACUGUUUCUGGAAAGCUAAACCGCCAGGCCCUCAAAACCGAAACUCAGGCGCUUUCGAUCAAUGCUCUCGAGGCUUUCGACAUCAAGCGUUGGAACGGAUCCAAGGCUGGUAAUCGGGAUUCACGACAUGCAAGUCUUUCCGGGGCCAACAUCGCUUUCUGGAAGGAGUAUCUCGCCGAUGUUGAGCCCUGCGUUUUCCCGCCCCUUUCCCAUGCGGCAAGCGACAAUGGCCGCUCCACCCGCACGCUCAACAAACAGACAGCCAACAUCCAUGCCUUUAGCAGAUUGUUUGGCAUUCCUGUGGAAACUCUUUUCCAGUUUGCCUGGGCCGUUGUGCUCCGUUGGUACACCGGCUCAGACGAUGUGUGCUUUGGGUAUUCUGCCUCAGCUUUGGACACGAAACUGGCGGAUGAGGGAGUUGCCACCUGUCGCUUCCUCGUGCAGAAUGAGCAAAAGCUGCAAGAGACUCUUCAAAAAGCAAAGACAGACUCCGAGAACAGUGCAUUAAACGUCGCUGUGUUAGACGCCGUCAAACACCAGCUUGGACUCGAUGAUACAACGCUCUUCAAUACCUCCCUUUCCUAUCGCAUAGCUUCCAAUCUUCCCAAAGGAAGUACCCGUGAGCCAAGCACAUCCACUGCUUACAAAAUCCUGGUUGAAGCUGAAGUCUCGCAUUCGUACGCCGAGAUCCACUUCAAUUACUCCUCAGAAACCCUUUCCUCCUUCCAGGUCAACCAUGUCAUGGACAUGUUUGACCAAGUCUUGGAUGAUUUGAUCGCUCACAACCUCCGUGACCGCACGAUCGGAGAUAUCAAUGUAUUCACUGAGCGCUCAGUUCGCCAGAUCCGCGAUUGGAAUGCCGCAUCCCCUCCUAGGGUGGAGAAGUGCGCCGACGAGCUCAUUCAGCAACAGGCACUGCUUCACCCUCGCGCGGAAGCCAUUUGCUCUUGGGACAAGAAUUUCACUUAUGGGCAGCUUGAAAUUGUUUCCAGUCGCUUGGCUCGCCAUCUCUCCAGUCUUGGGGUUAAGCCCGAAGCCUUCGUGGUGUUGUGCUUCGAAAAGUCCGCUUGGGCUGUAGUUGCCCAGCUGGCUGUUCUCAAGGCGGGUGGAGCUUUCGUCUCGAUUGACCCAUCCCACCCCGAUUCUCGACUGAAGAUGCUCAUUGACGAAAUUGGUACUAACCUUGUCUUGUGCUCAUCUUCUGUCCACACCAAAGUUUCGAAGCUCUGCGCGAAAUCGUUUGCCGUCUGCCAGACUUCAAUCUCCCAACUUCCCGACUCGCCUUUGGCUUUGCCUGGUGCUCGCCCUACCCCUAACAGUGCUGCAUAUGCUAUCUUUACCUCUGGUACAACUGGAAAGCCGAAGGCGACUGUUGUCGAGCAUACUGCCCUUAGCACCACCGCGAUCGCGAUGAUCGAUACGCUGCACAUGACCCCUACAACACGAGCUUUGCAAUUCUCUAACUACACGUUUGACGUCAGCGUUCUGGAGAUCAUGAUGGUUCUCAUGACUGGUGGUUGUGUCUGUAUUCCCAGUGAGGAGGAACGCAUGAACAACUUGGGUGGUGCCAUCCGUCGUAUGGAAGCCACCUUCAUCACGGCACCUCCCGCCAUUGUCAAUACCCUAGAGCCGAAGAACGUUCCCACGUUGAAGGUCAUCAUCACGGGUGGUGAGAAGAUGCCCGCUAACCAUAUCGACCGCUGGGGAGACCGGUGCGUCAUCAAUGCCUAUGGUCCCUCCGAAGCCACUGUCGUUGCCACAGCUGGUAUCAAGGUUGAUUGGAAUGGCAAGCGUGUCAACGAUGAUCCCACAUCUAUUGGAAAGGCUUCAAACUGCAGAGUCUGGAUCGUGGAUCCGAACAAUUCCAACCGACUUCUCCCCGUUGGUGCUGUUGGCGAGUUGAUCCUCGAAGGAAGCAACAUUGCCCGUGGAUACCUUGCGAACGAGGAGAAGACAAAGGCCUCUUUCUUCGUGAAUCCUGUUUGGAACCGUCACUCCGGCUUCCAGGGUGUGUUCAAGCGAAAUGAUCGCAUGUACCGGACUGGUGAUCUUGUUCGCUACAACAGCGAUGGCAGUCUAGCCUUCAUCUCCCGCAAAGACACUCAGAUCAAGUUCAAUGGCCAGCGCAUCGAACUCGAGGAGAUCGAACAGCAAUGUCUUCGCUGCCUACCCGAGGACUCUCAGGUCGCUGUUGAUGUUGUUGUUCCCGAGGAACGCACCAUCGCAAAGGGGCUCGCCGCGUUCUUCACCGUGCAUGAUCCGAACUCCAACGGCGGCAGCAGCGAUCAAUUUGCCCCCACGGUUUCUGGAGCCGAUCCCCUGCUACUGCCUAUCUCUGUGUCUAACAUGGAUGCCAUUCAGAAGUUGAAGGGCUCUCUGCCCGAGCUUCUGCCUCAGAGCAUGAUGCCCCGACUCUUCUUCCCUAUCCGCAACUUGCCCUUCACCUCCUCCGGGAAGAUUGACCGCCGAAGACUGCGGGCCAUGGUGCAGACCUUGUCCAAGGAUACUUUGAAGUCUUACAUUACCUUCAACACCUCUGACAGAAGGGAGGCUUCCUCGGCCACCGGCCUAGAGAUCAAGCUUGUGGCCCUUGUGGAAAAGACCCUCGAGCUUGAAGCCGGGUCUGUCACCGCCGAUGACAGCUUUUUCGGUCUGGGUGGUGAUUCCUUGUCCGCCAUGAACCUGGUCGGUGCUGCUCAAGCAGAGGGUAUCGCACUUACCGUCUCGAGCAUCUUCAACUCCCCAAUCUUGAUCGACAUGGCCAAGACCUGCGUCGUGUCUAAUGGAGCCGCUGAGGUUAAGAAAGAGAACGUCAUGGCGUUCUCAUUGCUGCCCUCUGGAGUCUACCUCGAGAACUUGAUGGAUGAAGUGACUGAUAACUGCGAAGUGUCCAAGGACCUCAUUAGCGAUAUUUAUCCAUGCAGUGCCGUACAGGAGGGCCUUUUGACGCUAUCUAUCAAGCAACACGGUGCUUAUGUUGCGCAGCCCUCGUUCCGUCUUGCUGCUGGCAUUGAUGUUGCUAAAUUCAAACAAGCCUGGCAACAAACCGUGGCAGACUUGGAAAUCCUUCGCACUCGCAUUGUCCAUACCGAAGCCAUGAACUUCGCUCAAGUUGUCCUUAAGGACGGCCCUAUCUCCUGGGUCGAAGCAGAGUCGUUCGACGACCUCCCCAACGACAUCCUUCACCUACCAAAGCACAAUGGAGCAUCUCUGACCGGUUACGCCAUGGUGCACCCUCGUGGCUCCUCUGAUAGUUACUUUGUGUGGUCUGUUCAUCAUGCCCUUUAUGACGGCUGGAGUAUUCCUUUGGUAUUCCGCAAGGUUGAGGAGAACUACUUUGCCUCGCAGAACAAACGCGCUGGCACUCCUUACAGUCUUUUCAUUGAAUACCUGGUGAAAAAGGAUAUGGAAGAGUCUGACAAAUUCUGGAAGUCUUAUUUGAGCGAGCUUUCGAGCAGUCCUUUCCCUCAUAACAAGAGUGCAGUGCCUGAUGCAAUGCGUGCUGGCAACACUCAGCACCACAGCAUCAAGGUUUCCCGCACUCGCAAUAGCGUCGACUUCACGAUCCCUGUGCUCCUCCGCGCUGCAUGGGCAAUCGUCGUUGCUACCCACACGGCGUCUGGUGAUGUCUGCUUCGGCGAGACUUUGUCGGGCAGAAAUAUCGAUCUUCCCGGUGUUGCGGACAUUGCUGGUCCUGUCCUGACCACCGUCCCCACUCGUGUCCAGGUUGACAAUGCCAUGUUGACUAUGCAAUACUUGCAGAAGAUCCACCAGUCUACUACCGAGAUGAUUCCGCACUUACACUCUGGUCUUCAACGUGUCCGCCAGCUCAGCAAGGACACUGCCACGGGCUGCGAUUUCAAGAACCUGCUUGUAAUCCAACCAGGUGAUGGUGAGCUCGAUAAUAAGAUGUGGAUCGACGAGAAACGUGAAACAAGCGAAGAUUUCUUCACUCACCCUCUUGUCGUGGAAUGUGGUAUCACCAAGACAAACAUUUCAUUCACUGUUCAUCACGAUGAGCUUGUCAUUAACGGAUGGCAGACCAAGCGUAUCACUGAACAAUUUGCGCAUGUUCUCCAGCAAUUGAUUGCCUUGCCCAAGAACGGCACGAGCAAGCUCGGAGACUUGGAGGUCAUCAGCCCUGAAGACAAGGUUGAAAUCGGUACGUGGAACCAACGUGUCCCGCUCACAGUGGAACGGACCGUCCAAGAUUUCAUUCGUGAGAAGGCCGACGAGACCCCAAACGCCCAGGCUGUGUGUGCCUGGGAUGGCGACCUCACCUACAGAGAAUUCUGGGAUCUCGCAUCUGGCUUUGCCAACUACCUGGUCUCUCGCGGAGUUGGCCCAGAGGUAUUUGUUCCAGUCUGCCUGGACAAGUCGGCUUGGGCAAUGGUCACGCUCAUCAGUAUUCUCAUUGCUGGUGGUGGGUACGUGCCUUUGGAUCCCUCCCAUCCUACCUCGCGACAUGAGGAAAUCCUCGCAGACGUUGGUGCCAACAUGAUACUGUGCACUCCCAACUAUACAAACCGCUACAGCCGAGUGAUGAAGACUGUUAUCCCCAUCAGCAAGGAGACCAUCAAGGCCUACGGUGCCCUCAAGUCUUCUGCCCGUCGCCGCGCUGAAGUCAAACCCUCCAAUAUGGCUUACGCUCUAUUUACCUCUGGCAGCACCGGUCGCGCCAAGGGAAUCAUUGUCGAGCACCGCAACGUGGUCAGCAGUAUCAUGGCAUUCGCGCCGUGGGUUCGCAUGGAUGAGACCUCCAGAGUAUUCCAAUUCGCCUCUCUCACUUUCGAUGCUGCUGUCAUGGAGACUCUUGCAAUUCUUAUGCUCGGAGGUACCAUCUGUGUGCCCAGCGAGGAGGACCGUCUCAACGAUGUUGCCGGCGCAAUCCGUCGACUCAAUGUCACUUGGACUUUCCUCACCCCCUCAAUUGCCAGUAUAAUCGAGCCAUCCUCAGUGCCUUCCCUUAAGCACCUCGUUUGUGGUGGUGAGAAGAUGUCCAAUGAAGUUAUCACCAAGUGGGCCAACUCUGUUCACCUCAUGAACGGGUACGGACCGACCGAGACGUGUGUCUUUGCUGUGGUCGAUAAUGCCGUGGCCACCAAUCGUGAUCCCGGGCGUAUCGGUUACGGUAUUCCCAGCACUCUUACCUGGAUUGUUGAUCCCGACAACCACGAUCGGCUGACUCCCCUGGGCGCAGUCGGUGAACUUGCACUCGAAGGCACUCCUUUGGCUAGGGAGUACCUCAAAAAUCCCGAGAAAAACGCAGAAGCAUUCACCACUGACCCAGCCUGGAUCAAGGACUUCACGCCCACAGUCCCGGGUCCUCGCCGAAUCUACAAGACUGGCGAUCUUUGCUACUACAACCCUGAUGGUUCUAUUCAGUACAUCAGCCGGAAGGAUCACCAAGUCAAGUUGCACGGCCAACGGAUGGAGCUGGGUGAGAUUGAACAUCGCCUUUCUGAGGAUGCUCUUACUCGGCAUGCUGUCGUCGUUCUCGCCAAGAAUGGCCCUCUCAAGCAGCGCCUGGUCACUGUCAUGUCGUUGAACAGUGUUGCAGCCGAUACUUCGCUAAUCUCCGACAAGCCUUGCGAGCUUGUUGAUGAGGAUGAGCUUGAGCGUCAUGCCUACAACGAGCUGGUCGAAGUGCAGAAGAAUCUUGAGAACCAGCUCCCCAUUUACAUGGUUCCCCAGACGUGGGCUCUCGUCAAGAAGCUUCCCAUGCUCGUUUCUGGAAAGCUCGACCGGAAGAAGAUCACCGCUUGGAUUGAGGACAUUGAUGAUGCCUCCUACGAGCGUAUUAUGGCCGAUUACGAUCGUAUCAAGCGUGGCAAGACCGAAGAGAAGCCGCAAGAAAAGGAAGAGAAGAAUGAAUCCCUCAACAUCGUCCGCGAAAUAUUCGCGCAGGUUCUGAAUAUCUCCACACAGAAGGUCAAUGUCGAUCGCUCUUUCGUCAGCUUGGGCGGUGACAGCAUUACUGGAAUGGCUGUCAUUUCCCGCGCUCGCAAGCAGGGACUUGUUCUCACACUCCACGACAUUUUGCAGAGCAGAUCUGUGAAGGAACUUGCCCAAACCGCCAGUUCUAAGGCACCUGUUUCUCGGCGUGAAGAGAAGUCUGGUGAAGGAUUUGCGCUUUCGCCCGUCCAGAGACUCUACUUCCAGUGCUCAGACUCUUUCAAGGGAGCCGCUCGUUUCAACCAGAGCAUCACUGUUCGCAUCACUCGCCGUUGUGAGGGCGAGGUGCUCAAGCGCGCUAUUAAGGCUGUUAUCGGCCAGCAUGCCAUGUUCCGCGCACGCUUCAGCACAUCUAGCGACGGCACCUGGCAACAGAAAACUGCAGCGGAGGUCGAUGAAUCUUUCCGAUUCCGCGUUCACUCUGUGGGCGAUACCCGAGCGAUGGUUCCGAAGAUUGCUGACAGUCAAAAUUGCCUGGAUCCUCUCAAUGGGCCUAUCCUGGCAGCCGACCUGUUUAACCUUCGCGCCGGUGGCCAGGUGUUAUUCCUCGUCGCUCACCAUCUCUGCAUUGAUAUGGUCUCAUGGCGCAUCGUCCUCCAGGAUCUCGAAGAGCUCGUUGUCUCUGGAUCUCUUUCACUCGAGAAGGCAUUGUCUUUCCAAAGCUGGUGUGCCAUGCAGACGGAGAGAGCCAAGACGCACGAUGCGUCUAUUGCUCUGCCUUUCACCCCCGAGAAGCCCAACUUGCUUUACUGGGGCAUGCAAGACUUACCCAAUGUUUAUGGAGAUAUCAAGAUGGAAUCCUUCACGUUGAGUGAGGAUACCACCCAAUUUAUCCUUGACGGCUGCCACGGUGUCUUCCGCACGGACACUGUUGACAUCUUGCUGUCUGCCAUCAUUCAUUCCUUCGGUCGCACUUUCACCGAUCGCAAGGUGCCGACUAUCUACAAUGAAGGACAUGGGAGAGAACCCUGGGAAGCCGACAUUGAUCUUUCGCGAACAGUUGGCUGGUUUACCACGAUGGCGCCUUUGCAAGUGCAUUCAGAAGCUCGUAAGUUUACCAUACCUGAUCUUGCCAACAAAAAGCUGACACUAGAAGGUGCCCUCAAUGACAUUAUCAAGCGUGUCAAAGACACCAGGCGCAAGAUCGCAGACAACGGCCGUCCUUACUUCGCGAAAAGUCUUCUACAGGGCCAGGGUACUGAUUUCCCUGUCCCAUUGGAAAUCCUUUUCAACUACCUGGGUAAAAUGCAGCAACUUGAGCGAGCCGAUUCCUUAUUCCAUCACCACGGUACUGUCUUCGACAGCUCAGACUUUGCCAUCGCAGGUGAUAUGGGCCCUCAGACUGCUCGGUUUGCACUCUUCGAAGUAUCUGCUAUUGUGAUCAAAGACCGCCUCAAUGUUGCUUUCACCUACAACCACAAAAUGCAGCAUGAGGGCUCAAUCCGCCGCUGGAUUGUCCAGUGCAAGCAGACCCUCGAGAAGGAUAUCCUCACACUGAAAACGGCUACCCCCGAGCCUACUCUCAGCGACUACCCCCUCCUCCCCAUCAACUAUCACGGCCUCCAGAUGCUCACAGCCAGCACCUUCCGCAAGGCCGGCAUUCGGAACAAGGAUCAGGUCGAGGACAUAUAUCCCUGCUCUGCCAUGCAGGAGGGCCUCUUGCUCAGUCAGCUCCGCGAUCCCAACGCCUACAUGUUCCAUACUGUGUUUGAGAUCAAAGAUGCCAAAUCUGGCAAGGUCGAUGCCGAAGGAGUCGCUCGCGCCUGGCAAACCCUCGUCGACCGUCAUCCUGUGCUGCGAACAAUUUUCGUUGACAGCAACUACACUGGUGGAUCUUUCGAUCAACUGGUGCUCAAGAACCUUUCCGAUAAUAUCCUCCGCGUGGAAUGUCAUGACUCGCAGGUAGAGGAGAAGUUGGCUGCUAUCUCUCUUCAUGCCAGAAACGCAAUGCGCCAAUCGAAGCUUUCUCACCAAAUGACUGUUUGCAAAACAAACACCGGACGUGUGAUCCUCAAGCUGGAGAUCAACCAUGCCAUUAUCGAUGGUGGAUCGGUGGAUGUACUCCUCCGUGACAUGACUCUUGCCUACGAGCGAAAGAUUGCUGAGGGUUCAGGACCUCGCUUCAGCGACUACAUCAAGUUCAUCAGAACCCAGAGCCAGAGUGAUGCACUUAGUCACUGGAAACAAUACCUUGGUGGAGUUCACCCAUGCCACCUCGCGCCGUCGGCUGUGUUCGAAGCCAAGAGAGAACUCAAGGGUGUCAUGAUGAACUUCGAGCGAUUCCCUGAGCUGCUCAAGUUCUGCGAGCGCAGCUCUGUCACACUUGCCAACUUGACUCUGUCAGCCUGGGCGCUCGUCCUGCGACAGUUCACUGGCUCAGAUGACGUGUGUUUCGGAUACCUUUCUGCCGGUCGGGAUGCCCCUGUCAAUGGCAUCCAGGACAUGGUUGGAAUCUUUAUUAAUAUGCUCUGCUGUCGAGUUCAGUUCUCCGACCAACAAACUCUUAUGGAUGUAUCCAAGAAUGUUCAGGAUGAUUAUAUCCGUUGCAUUCCCCACCAAAGCUGCUCUCUGGCCAGCAUCCAACAUGAGCUUGGUUGGCAAGGACAGUCGCUCUUCAAUACUACCUUGUCAAUCCAGAAUCACUCCGUUGCGGGUCCUAAGGAGAAGGGAUUGACCUUCGAUCUUCAGCAUGCACAUGAUCCGAGCGAAUAUGCGGUCACCGUGAAUGUUGAGAUUGCCCGAGGCCAGGAGGGCAUUCUAUUGAGAUACUGGAACGAUAUUGUGUCUGACGAGGAGGCCCAGGCUCUGGCUGACACCGUCGCCAGGGUGUUCACUAGCUUCAUUGAAUCCCCCGCUGCGACUCUGUCGCAGUCCACAUUCGCUUCCGAGGCUGAGCCCGAGUCACUGGAUUGGGAUCACUCCCAGACCACUCUGGCUGACAAGGCAAAGUCAACCGGAGAUGCGAUUGACAGCAGUGCUAUUCAGAAAAUUAUUGAUGAUCGUGUUCAUGAGAUUAUUAGUCGGAUGUUGAGAGAAGGAAAACUGACGGUGCCUCCCAUUCACUCGGAAGAGUUGUCAAGCUAUGGUGGUCACCCUGAUCCUAUAGCCGACUCGCCGUACCAGUUAGGUAUACAAGGAGCAGAUGAUUCGGGUAUUUGUUCGGUGGCUUCCCGUUCCAGUGAGGAUGGGAUUUUGGCCGAGGUGGAAAGGAAAUUGUGGAAUCUUUGGAGCACAGCUCUUGGUCUUUCGCCCAACGUGGUGAGACACCAGGACAGCUUCUUCAAGUUGGGGGGUGACAGCAUCACCGCCAUGAAGAUGGUCAGUGCCGCUCGUGAAGAGGGCCUGGUCCUUACUGUUGCAGAUGUCUUCAACAAUCCUGUCUUCGAGGACAUGCUAGCAACAGUGCGAGCUGCGAAUGUUACUCAGCAAAUGCUGAAUGCCGAUCUCAAGUCUGGCGGCCCCAGGGAGGCUGAUAGUGAUUUACUCAAUAUCACGCCAACGACACUGGGGCUCAGCCCCUCUACCGAGAGCCUAGAGAUUCUCAGGCCGUCCUGCAUCGACGAUGCCGCUGUGCAGAGCGGUAUAUGUCCCAAGAUUGGUGUUUUCAAGGGUGGCAUCGCGGACGUACUUCCUGUCACCGACUUCCAGGCGAUGUCUCUAACGGCGACUCUCUUCAAGUCCCGAUGGAUGCUUAACUACUUCUAUUUGGAAGGCAAUGGUCCCCUGGACCUGAGACGCCUCCGCGAGAGUUGCUUGAAGGUUGUCGCGGCCUUUGAUAUCCUGCGCACAGUCUUCGUGUGCUUCCAUGACCAAUUCUUCCAGGUCGUGCUGCGCAAGAUCCGUCCCAGCAUCUUUGUUUACGAGACCGACCGCGCUCUUGAUGAAUUCACCAUGACCCUCCAACAGAGAGAUCGCGAAUACGGACCGCGCGAAGGCGAGCAGUACGUGCAGUUCUACGUUGUCAAGAAGAAGGGCAGCGACCAACAUCGUAUCUUGGUCCGCCUCUCUCACACUCAAUACGAUGGAGUAUGCUUGCCGAAGAUCAUGGCUGCCAUUAAGCACGGAUAUGAAGGCACGCCGCUGCCUCCGGUGACUCCCUUUGCUGGUUACUUGCGACUGUUGCCAGGAACAAUCACCCCAGACCAUUAUCGCCACUGGUCCGAUCUUCUCAAGGGCUCUCAAAUGACCCAGGUCGUCCGCAGAAAGGGCACCAGUAUGUUCCAGAACGUUGGGGCAUUCACCGAGAUUCACAGAAAGAUUGAGAUUUCGCCCAUCGCUCUUGGAAAUGUCACCAUCGCAACCGUCAUGCAAGCUGCCUGGGCCCUGACUCUUGCUAAGCUGACUGCUCAGUCCGAUGUUGUUUUUGGUCUGACUAUCAGCGGUCGCAACGCUACAGUGCCCGGCAUUGAGAGCACUGUUGGCCCUUGUGUCAAUGUCAUCCCGGUGCGCGUGAAGCUCGACGAGAAAUGGACCGCUGUCGAUAUCUUCCGCUACCUUCAGGACCAGCAAGUCUCCAACAUGCCUUUCGAGUCUCUAGGCUUCCGCGAGAUCAUCAAGCAAUGUACCGACUGGCCUGACUGGACCUACUUCACUACCUCAGUCUUCCACCAGAACGUCGACUACGAAGGAACCAUGGAGCUUGACAACAACAAGUACCGUAUGGGUGGUGUCGGCGUCAAUGACAACCUAGCUGAUCUCACCAUGGUGUCACGCCCCUCCGGUGAACGAGGCUUGGAUGUCACCCUGGGCUACUCCGAAAAGGGACCUGUGAUGCCAUCAUUCGCAUCCAAGGUUCUCGACAUGGCCUGUGAGAUUGCGCAAUCCCUCGUCGCCAACCCCACAGCCUCGCUGCCCUCCGCGAGCAUGCUGCGCUCUCUACCACCGCAGACAAUCGACGACCUGUCCCGAGCCUCAGACGAGCACUUCCUCAGCGCACACCUCAAGUCGCGCUCCAUCGCAGAGCUGCUUGUGCAUUCGGACAUUCUGUCUCGCUCGUGGCACCAGGUCCUGCCCAGCCGCACCACCGUGGCUUCCGACCCAGACGCUGAUGACAAGCUAACCCAGCAAUCCGCCUUCCAGCUGGAUUCGUCAUUCUUUGAUCUGGGCGGUGACGUCUUCAACCUGGCUCAGCUUACCUGGCUUCUUGAGCAAGAUGGUCUCAAGGUCCGUCUAGAGGACCUUAUUGAGCACCCCUCUUUCUUGGGCCAAAUGGCCGUACUGGCUUUGCACAACGCCAAGCACCAGGAUGAUAUCCCAGCAGAGCUUCUUGCUACCGGUGCUGCAUUGCCUGAUCCUGUCGCUCGCAUCGAAAAGAAGAAGACAUGGUCGAAGGCGAUGACCAUAGCGCGGAAGCUGACCGGACGAAACACCGUCAGUACUCGAGCUUGA